AUGAAUACGUCGAUUCAUUUUGAUUAUGAAUAUAUAAAUGAAGACGAAGUCGAUGACGAACUUAAAUGUGGUAUAUGCAAGCGACCAUUUGAAUCUCCUGUAAGUUUAUCGAUAUGCAAUCAUACAUUCUGUAAAGUAUGUAUAAAAAUAUGGCUUUCUCAAAAUCAAACAUGCCCAAUAUGUCGACAAGUUGCUCGGCAUCAUUUUGGAAGAGAUAAUCAAUCGUAUGAAAAAUCGCCAUAUGUGCCAAUUAAUACUCGAAUAGUACUUAAUCAACUUGAUCGUCUCCUUGUUCGAUGUUUACUUUGUCAAGAACUAAAUAUUCAACGAUGCCAUUGGAAAAAUCACGAAAAACGUUGCCCACGAAGAAUUGUCACUUGUCCAUCGGUUGAUAUUCAAUGUCCAUGGAAAGGACCAAGAGAUAAACUCUCAAUACAUUUAAAGCAUUGUACUUAUCAACAAAUACGACCACUUAUCGAUGCAGUUAAAAAUGAAUUAAUAUUAACUCGUACAAAACAAAUGGAAUUAAAAACUAAAAUCAAUCUACUUGAAAGAAAAGUAUCUUUUCUUUGUAACUUUAUUAAUCAUAGAAAUAUAAUGCCACUAAACUGUACAAAACCAGAAGUUACAUGUAAAUAUAACAGCAACGAUGGAUUUGACCAAACUCAUCAAUUUAUUUGUAAUUUAUGCAAUAGAUAUAUCUUCAGUAGAGAAAUUUUACUUCACGAUUGUCAAUGA